GAUGUACAUAUGUACCGUAUGCCUUUCGAGUAGCUCGUUGAGGUCAACGUUGAGUGCCGUUUUUUGUCCCGAGGACACGCCGGAGAUGUCGGUAACUAAUCUAACCUAGCUAAGAGCCGUGGCUCGCAUCAGUGUUCGCACGGUGGCAGCCCGAAAUUCGCGUGUACCCGUCGCAACGUCUCCGUUGCUCGUGUAUUAAAUGUUGAGUUUGACACUCGACAAAAUCGAUAUCUCGUCCUCACCGUCAUCGCCGCGCUCGUCGUCGGACGCGGAGGCGUUCUUGAUAAACGUCUUCGUCAUGUCGGGCGAUCACAAGACGGUCAUUAAGUAUCCAUCAGAGUACGUCAAGUUGAACAUUGGAGGGUCUCUGCACUACACGACUAUAGGGACACUGCGAAAGCAUGACACUAUGCUGCGUGCCAUGUUCAGUGGUAGGAUGGAGGUUCUGACGGAUUCGGAAGGUUGGAUACUAAUAGAUCGCUGUGGAAAACAUUUUGGAACAAUUUUGAACUUCUUAAGAGACGGGUCUGUUCCCCUACCUGAGAGUGCCAAAGAAAUGGCAGAACUGUUGGCCGAGGCAAAGUACUAUUGUAUCAGUGAGUUAGCGGAAUCAUGCGAGCAAGCUCUGCUCAAGAAGGAGCGGGAAGCAGAACCCAUUUGCCGCGUUCCUCUGAUAACGUCACAGCGGGAGGAACAGUUGCUUAUUAGCAAUACUAUGAAGCCUGUUGUAAAAUUGCUCAUUAAUAGGCAUAAUAACAAAUAUUCCUACACAAGUACAUCCGAUGACAAUCUAUUGAAAAACAUCGAACUCUUUGAUAAGAUGUCACUUAGAUUCAGCGGUAGAGUGUUGUUCAUUAAAGAUGUCAUUGGUUCAAGUGAGAUCUGUUGUUGGACGUUCUAUGGUCAUGGUCGGAAGGUAGCAGAGGUAUGCUGCCACUCGAUCGUGUAUACCACAGAUAAGAAACAUACUAAGGUUGAGUUUCCAGAGGCUCGCAUUUACGAGGAGACAUUAAACAUUCUUCUGUACGAGCAUCGGAAUGGUCCUGAUCAGGAACUUAUGCAAGCUACAUCUUCACGUGGAGCAGUCGGAGGUGGUCCACCCUGUACCUCUGAUGAGGAAGAGGGUGAGCGAUCGGGUCUGGCACGUCUUCGCUCCAACAAACAAAAUACCAACUGACCCUCUCUUGCUCUCCUUACUUCUUCCCAUCCAGCAAUCCUCAGUAUGGUCCGAUCCCUCAAAACCAGGGCAAAUAUCAAGUAAUGGCAUGUAUGAAUCUUGUGCCAAUGAAAUCACUACUUUGAUGCCACUCCAAACCUCGUAUUGAAGGUUGAUAAAUAGAUCCUUGAUACAUCAUUCACAAUUGAGUAAAAACAAGGUAGUUUGGAGGGGACCAUUUCGUCAUAGUGAAGUUAUGUGAAACCUGGAUGAAGGUUUACAGGUACGUGUAAUUCUACAAAAUUUAAUGUUCAGACUUUUUUUAUUCUCAUUACUUAAAUCAUUAACGUGAUUUUAGAGGACCCAAAAUAAUUGUUACUGUGACAAGUGAAUGUUAUCAGAAGAAUGUGUAUGUAUGUUGAGUUUGUGCCAAAAAUUGUUAUCAAAUGUGAGAAUGGCUCGAAGUCCCCUUUCUAUGAUGGAUCGAAUUAUUUUACAUUAAAUGCUUGAAGUAUCAUUACUACUUUUGAGCAGUAUUUGGAAACUAAAGUCUGUAAUUGCCUGUAGAAAAAUUACUUAUAAUGCUUAGAACAGCAGACCUUCCAGCUUUUCGUUAAGUCGUACAAAUGUGGCAUUUGCAGUUUUCUGCGGAUUUUUAUGUGCAGGAAUACACAUUUCCAUAAAGACCACGAGCAUUUAUAUAUUCUGGUAAUUGUAUUUACCAGGUAUUAACCGAAUUACAGAAAAGAUACACAUUCAGGUAACGCAACCAAAAAUCACAUUUUCACAUUUAGAAUCUCAAUAAAGCUCAAAUUUUCGUCAGUUAAACUAUUGUGUUUCACUCUAUAAUAAUUAACACAUUGUUCAUAUUAAUAUCAUUUAUACUCAUUUCUUGACAUACUACUGAAAGGGAGAAGCGGAAGAACCACUGCCAUUUGUUUUUACAACAUUGUAAGUUUAUUCACAAAACAGCUUUAGUUUCGGAGAAAGCCUAAAAAAAUACUAUGACCCAGAUUUUAAUUUAAGAAAUUAUGGAAAAAGAGAUAGAAGUAUUAAUCUGUUUAGGACACAAACUUUUCAUAAUACUAAAUGUUGAUUCAUCAUUUAGUACAUCUCUCCCACAAGUAGAAAUCUUUAACAGCCUAUAAUAAGAGAAUGUAACUUGCGCAGCAAUGGGCAUGGCAAAGUUAAAUGAUUUUGUAGUCGAUGCUAGUAACCUCUUUAACUCUUUGCAUUCAGAUAUCACCAAUGUGCCAACAAUCUGGUUAGUUAAAGAUAUAUGGAUGCAAAAGGUUAAUUGUUAGGAGAGCCAAGAUUCAAAUUCAUAUCACAUUCCUAUGGACAAUCAUGAUUAUUAUUCCGAAGACUUUGUAAAAGAUUAAGGCCAACCUAUUAUGUGAUAAUAUACCAGCACUUCGCAGUCGCGCAGAUUUUGUUGCACUUUGAAGACCCUUGAAAGUGAACUCGACUUUUGUUACAACAUACACAUUCGAGAUGUCUAUACAUAUCGCACUGAUGUUUCACAAAUUUUCUAUGUCAGUUUCGAAAGUAGGUUUCGUCCUUCCGCAAGAUAUCUCUAUAGAGUUUCGUGUGUCGGUCAGGGAAAUGCUAAGAAAGGUAAAAAUUGUAAUUGGAGUUUCCUGUGAGUGAGUACUGAACUUCCUGCAAUCACCCGAUGUUAUGUGUCUAUGCAGUACUACGUUGCAGACCUAACUUAGCUAGCACUUACCGAUGCUGUAAUUAUUGUAUCGUAAUGUCAAGAAAAAUAUGUGCUUGCGUUUCAUGAUACUACCGUGUAGGACACAGGGUAAUUAUUAUAGGUGAAAUGGAAACUUGAUAUAUGCAUAUAUAUACAUGUAUAAGUACAUUUAUUGUAAAUACGAAGAUUCAACGUCUAAGCUCUCGAUGGUUCGAUUAUGACGCACUUGUAAAGUUUACGCGAAACUUUCAGCGAUUAGGCAUAAACGAGUUUACCUUACUUCGACUUCGUGUCUGUAUAUACGGUACGAUAAUGAUUAUUUGUAUUAUAAAUUAUUGUAAUCAAGAAAUGCGAAAGUGUUGAGAUUUGGACUCUAGAAGUAUGGGAGUCGUAUAUGUAUACGUAUUUUAUUCGUCUACUGUAUUCUAGGGCCUUGGGAAGACUUAGGCCAAAUGGCAUCAACGACUUAAAUGGAAGUGACAUUUGUAAUUCUAUUGCGUCGAAUUUAAGUUUAACUUGAAUAGGUAAUGGGCUGAUUGCUUCAUUACCACUUUAUAAUUUACUUGUCAGUUUAUUAAUGCUUAUGAAAUACUUAGAAUUAAUGUACAAUGGACGCUUGAAUGGAAGUUCCAAUUGUUGAUAGACGUGCCGGUAGUGGGCUUUGAAACCAGUGACGUUACUACCGUUUAAAUAUUUAAUGUUACGAUGAAUUUGGUGGUUAUGUGCUGUUCAUUUUUUGAUACUUGAGUAAGCGGUCAGCAUGAAGUUUAAAGUUUCCUUAUCGUUAUGAAGUUUUUUGAUCGGGCAUGUAUGACAUCGUUCUAAGGAUGAUAAGUAAUGCACUUAACGCGCACAAAUCGUGAACAUAGACGAUUGGCUGUGGAAAUAUUCAUUUUCUACAUAUUAAACGUCAGAGAGACAAUAAACGGGCAGACAUGUUUAAGAAUGAACUUGUCUCUUCGAUUAACUUAACAAUUUUACUGUAGUAUUUUGAAGGACCUGGAGUUACAUUUAGUUUAAUGUAAAUUGAUGGUGUGAGUGAUCAUUUGUAAUUCACGUUAACUUUACUUAUUGUUUUUCCAUUGUGGUAAAUUGUUUGUUACGUAAUCUGAAGUCACGGGAGAGCAUGGUUCUCAAAUUUACUUGUUAUAUCACGAAUGUAUAUAUAAUAAGGAAGUAAGAAUGUAACAAUAGAGCAAGUGCCAAAAUCAUGUAAUGUGGUAGUCUGUAACUUAAUGAAUGCAUUGUACAUUAAAGAAUGAAACGAGUAA